GUUUGCGCGUGACGUAAAAUUCCUCAACUCUACGUAUUACGUAAGUUAGAGCUGUGCUAGCCUGCUGUUAGCUGGUGAAGAUGGAUUCUCCCAUACUGGAACCAUCCUUGUAUACAGUCAAAGCGGUUCUCAUUCUGGAUAAUGACGGAGAAAGACUUUAUGCCAAGUAUUACGAUGACACGUAUCCAACGGUGAAGGAACAGAAAGCGUUUGAGAAAAACAUAUUCAACAAGACGCACAGGACGGACAGUGAAAUAGCUUUGCUGGAGGGCCUGACUGUUGUGUACAAGAGCAAUAUAGACCUCUUCUUUUAUGUGAUCGGGAGUUCACAUGAAAAUGAGCUGAUGCUUAUGGCUGUUUUAAAUUGCCUCUUCGAUUCCUUGAGUCAGAUGUUGAGGAAAAAUGUUGAAAAGAGAGCCUUGCUGGAGAAUAUGGAAGGACUCUUCUUGGCUGUGGAUGAGAUCGUAGACGGAGGAGUAAUCUUGGAGAGUGACCCACAGCAGGUUGUGCAUCGUGUAGCCCUCAGAGGAGAUGAUGUACCUUUGACAGAGCAGACAGUCACCCAGGUACUGCAGUCUGCCAAAGAACAGAUCAAAUGGUCGCUCCUUCGAUAGUCCUGUCCAGCAGUGAGCCGCUGUUCAGCACAGACCACACGGCACUGAUCAUCAUACUCCCUUUUUUUUAAAACUUCCUCUUAUCUUUAUGAAGUUGUGAGGAGUAUCGCUGGCUGAUCAUUCUGGACUUCGGUUUGAAAAUGUAAUUUCUGUGAUUUUUUUAUGUUCUGCCUUUCUCAGUAUAAUCAAAGUGAAAUGUAUGCAUUCCAGUAUGGACAGGCUGGUGUUGGUUUACUGUAUCAUUUAUGAAACCUUUAAUUGAAGCAGAAUUUCCACCCGUGGAAGUGAAAUACUGAAGAACAUCAUUGUCCAGCUUGUGACCACAUUCCUUGUGUCCCAUGUUCUCAGAUCUGUUUGAAACGGUAUUGUUUUGUUUCUUUCUGAUUAGUGUGCAAAGAAUAGAGUCCUUUUAAGUUCAAAUGGAUGUUAAAGAAAACGUCUUCAACCACUAUCACUGUCAUUCUGUGAUCUACACAAAUAUGUUCAACCUUUUUUUUUUUCUUAAAUAAAUUUUUGUCUGGA